AUGGAGUGCAUGAAGGAUGAUUUCCGUGCGGAUGAGCUCCUUGGUGGACGUUUCCGGACCAUUGCUCCUCUCAAUCAUGGCUCAUUCGGAAUGGUCUUCCUCGCCGAGGACACUCUGACUCAACAGCACGUGGCCAUCAAAUGCCUCACCAAGCCUUCUGCCGUAUCUCAGCCUACAACUCUAAAUACGGAUGAAGGUGCUGAGGAACUUGCUUGCCAUGCCAUAUUGAAGCAUCACGACCACUUGGUGAAUCUUGUACAUCACUUUGAGACAGACGCUCAUACCUUCCUGGCCUUGGAAUACUGCUCUCAGGGAGAUCUCUACGAAGCCAUCCGCAUGGACCGUGGACCUUUACAGACCGAACAUGUCCGGCGUUUCAUGUUGCAACUCAUCAGUGCUGUACAACACAUGCACGCCAAUGGUCUGUACCACCGAGAUAUCAAGCCUGAGAAUAUCUUCCUGACGCAGGAUGGUUCUGUCAAGCUCGGAGACUUCGGCUUGGCUACCAGGAGCCUCUGGUGUUACGAGCCCUGCGUCGGAAGUGACCGGUAUAUGGCUCCCGAACAAUACGAUCCUGCUGGCACGGGUUAUUCUCCAGCGAAGGCCGAUGUUUGGUCCAUUGGCAUCUGCUUGCUCAAUGUUCUCUUCGCAAGGAACCCCUUUGUCACGCCAACGGAAGAUGAUGUUCUAUUUGCCGACUAUCGGCGCGAUCGCCAAUCCUUGUUCGACAUCUUCCCAAACAUGUCGCAGGAUACGUUCGAGAUUCUCUCGGUGGCCAUGGCCAUGGACCCUGCCAAGCGCGACUUAGCCGCGGUGAAACAAGCCGUUCUCCGAGCGGUUGCUUUUACUACAGAAGACGAAUCCUUCGAUGACCUCUUCUGCUCUGAAGAACGCGAUGUCGUACGGGCAAGUGCCAACCGUGAGCCUUUGCGGACCCCGUCGAUCCAAAGUCCUCAGCUCGAUGGCGAGUCGUUCCCGUGGGCCAAGGCUCUGCAUGCCAGUCCUGCUCACAAGCAGCAGCUGGCGAGCAUCACGGACGUGUACGAGGAGGAUCUCUUUGAUUCUGACAAGAGCCUGAAGCUUGGCGAAUCCUGGUACUCUGGUUCUGGCAACACACCGUCGUUGGCGUCUGUUUUCGACUCGGCUUAUGGUUCGUUUAUGUCGAUGGCGAUCAAGCGGCCUGCUGGCCGUGAUCCACCUCAACCAGAUCCGCUGCCCAUCCCCAAUUCGCUGCCUGCCCGUCCAUCUCGACCUAUUCCCGCCAUGUCUUCCGUCUUCGGAAAGAAGGGUGACGACGCAGUGGCCAAGAGCUGGAGCGAUAUGUUUGAGGAAGAUGAGGAAGAGUCAGAACGUGAGGCCGAGAUGAAGUUUCGACGUGAGCACAACUCGCGAAGCUGGAGUCAAGAUAGUCGCAAGGCUCUCCCGGUACCGCCUGGGGUGCUUGCCGAAUCCAAGAGCCGUUCGUCCAGUAAUGCUCGUCGUAGCCGCACGCCAAAGCCAACGUCGCCAGUGAAGGCCAGCUUCGGAGUCAACGAGAACGACCCCUUUGGAUGGCGGAUGCGGACCCCACGACAUUCACCAAAGCAGAUUCCCGCCGACAAGUGGGCUGCUCUGGGCAAUAAGAGACGGAACUACCAAACCGAGCCGGAAAUUCAGACCAAGAAACGAGCUAUGACAACAGGAUCUCGCAAGAGACCAACACCCGGGUUUGGACAUGAGCAUCACCACAAUCCAAGCCGUCGACGGGACAGCCGAAACAAGGUUCGUCCUGCGUACUUGGAAAAAGAUUGGCGUCAGCAACGCGUGAUCGACUCAUCCGCGGAUGAGGACGAUCUUGAGUGGGUUGGAGGUUGGCACAACUUCCAUUUGUAA